UAGAUAUAGAUCUUAAGAAUGCUAAAUCAGAAGUUUAAUUUAGGGUGUCACAUCCUCUCGGAUGUAGUAACAUUGUAGUCUUGGGAAUGGAAGGACACAAGCACAAUGGGGAAUGAAUUUAAAAGGUUAACAUACUACAUUUAUAUAUUGAGAGUACGCUACAAGUAGGCACUUCUUAACAACGACAGAAUCCAAUGACGGACUCGCCGACGACGUUGCACUACUCGGGUCUUCAAGAAAUGACGGAGAGCCUAGAUAGAGAGGCAACCAAAAAUUUCUUCUCAUAACUAGGAUAAGACUAAAAUUGUGCGAGUGGGAUAUAUGUCUAAGAGUGAGAAUUGCUGAGUCAGAGCUUGAAGAGCUGGACAAGUUCACAUACAGCAUCAUAACAAACGAUGGGGGUGCCUACCAUGACGUAGCGUGUCGAACAGAAAAGACAUUGAGCAUUUUUCAAAGGCUGCGACCUAUUUGGGCAAGUUAAGUAAUUGGACUUAAGACAAAUAUAUUCUUACUUAAAUCAAUCAUCAUCCCAACAGUAGUAAAUGUGAGACAUGGAAGUCAUUUGUCAAAAUUGAGAGAAGACUAAAUGUGGCUCAACAAAAAUCUUAUCUUAUCUUAUAUAUUACAAACGUUACUUCAAAAAAGAAAGAUAAUUAUGUCCUACGCAUUUCAUGUGCCAAUCUAGUCAUGCCAAGACGUUGGGUUUCCUGUCUGAUUCAGGCAACCUAUUCCAUUCUCUAAUGACAUUAGGGAAGACGUUAAACUUGUACGAUGCGACAAAUCGGUUGCGCCCAAACGUCAUUUGCCCUCCUAAACUCUUGAUAUUUACUGUCAUAUAUUGAAAACAAAUGUGGUUUUCAUGUGUUUUUAAUGUAAGAAACUUUUGUUUAAAAAAAACUCAACCACACAGCUUUUGAGUUAUUUUAUAACAAAAAAUAACCAAUAUUAAUGUAACCAUAAUCUGUUGGAAUAAAACAUAUAUAUAUAUAUUUCUAUAGUAACACAACUAAAACGCUCAAGCAAUUUUAUUUGGUUUCAAUCCUCCAUUUGCUAAGCAAGACUUAAAUGUUAAACUUUUAAUCAUUUUACGUCUCUUUUUAGCAAAAAGCACAAACUCUACCUAUGAUUAUAUUUAGUGAAAUGAAUUAAAGAUUUGGUUGACUAAUUAAUAGCUUAGUUUCAAUUUUAAAAAAACAAGAAAAUUGUUUUUAACCUUAGCCUGCUUAGGUUCCAAUAAUAUAUUUAAUAAACUAUAUACAUUAUGUUUCUUUGAUUGGAUCAGACAACAAUCAAUUGGCCAGUAAGGGGCUCGAAACAACGACGAUGGCCUUACUAGCGCGACGCUCUAUCGACUCAGCUACCCAGGUAACCCAGCUAUACUAGGUUGUGCUAAAUUUUAGCUGUAAAUGGUUCUUUUGACAGCCUUCCACCUUCCUUUAGACAAUGGAGAAAGUUUGAGUUAAAAUAAGUAGGAAUUGAAAAAAAAAAGAUAUAUAGCUAAAAUAUGCUACAUGUUAUACAUUGUUUCAAACAUAUAGAAAACUAAUUCAGAUACAAAUUUCUAAUGUAAUAGAAUAAAAUUAUAAUUAGAUGUGUAAAAGUCUAUCUAUUAUGUAAUCUCCUUAAGUUCCUGUGGUUUUAGAAAAGGAUUUUAUGAUUACUUCAGGUUGACUUAAGAGGAAGCUCUUCAAAUUGACUUAUAUAACCGUUAUCUUGAAACUCAUAAAAUGAGCUAAGUAGCUAAUCGCAUAUGUCUGUUGUCUGCAAUAAACCUGAGCAUUGGGACUGUCUAUAAUGUCUUCGCUAUGUUUUAAUUCAAGACGUUGAAAAUAUUUAAAGUUUCAAUAGCACCGAAACGUGUAUUCUAAUUGGAUGACUGUUUUAGACUGAGACCCACAAGAUGAGACCUUACUUACAGAUGACUUUCAUUUUAUCAAAACUACAAAAUUUAGAAUCAGUGAAAGAAAUGUCACAGAAAAUUAUUGUGGGCAUUGAUUUAAUCAAGACAAAAGGUGAAUCAUUGAUUCAAGGAGAUGAAACUUCAACUUAUGAAGAAAUAACACAAUUUGUGACUGAUAAAUCUGCAGAAAUUCUACAGUGCUGUAUGGCUAUGUCUGAACAAAUUCUACUCGACUCAAAUUGUACUUUAGAAGCUUCAGAGUUGCAAAGGUUAAAUGCAAAUGUUGAUAACCUAAACUCUAAAGUCACUCAACAAACCAAAAAACUUCACAAGCUACACAAUACAAUUCGAUAUCAGCGAAGAAUAACGAAUGAUUUACAAGACAUGGAUACCAAGUUUAUGGAAUUUAAAGAAGCAGUAAUGACAGAACUUCAGACUGCGAGUAUGUUUAUGUCAGAUUUACAAACAAAAUGUCAAAAUUUAUGCGACGAUUUCAGAGAUCAUAAAGAAAUGAUAAAAGUACAGGAUAAAAAGGUUGUCAUGUCAGAAAAUGAGGAUCAAAUUAUAACAAUGAAACUGAAUGAAAAUAUGAAGUUGAAAGAAUAUUUAGUAACGGUGGUUGAACAUGUAAACUUUAUUGAUAAAGAUGUUCUCAAAAUAAAAGAUGCCCAGAGGAAAAUGUGUCUCAAAGAACAAAAUAUACAAAAGGAUAUAACAAGAUCAAAUGGAAUUGAGUUUCUUUGUCAAAAAAGCUAUACACCUGAUGUCCAGUGUGUUAAAGACUGUCUCCAUGUGAUAGGUCAACAUGAUCAACAAAUAUCUGAAGGGGGAGAGAAUGAUCUACAUGCACAUCUCGAAGACUGUAUGAGGAACCCAGGUCAUGUACACUUUACACCUAUUGAUACAUUAUGUUCGGCAAGUCUACCUGAAGGGAAUCAAAACAAUAUAUGGUACAGUAUUAUCAAAGCCGUAGCUGACCUGACAGUGAGAGUGAGUGUCACGAUGACCAGUCUAGACAGACCUGAGUUUUGGCCAAACACCAAGGUUCCAUAUUUUUUGUACAACAUGAGAGGAAGUCAACAUUUAAGAACCGGAAGUGGUAAAGUGGAAAAAGUGAUUAAAUUCACUAACGAAUCGUGCCCAUGCGAAACGUGUCGCCAUUCUGACAAACCAAACACCGAGUGGUGGAAAAUCAAGGUCUACACCGCUGCCAAUGUAGUAUUUGAUGGCGUUGAGGCAAGACACACGACGUGUCGAUUUUUCUAUGAUACAGAAGAAAGCCCAGAGAUCAGUCUACAAGUUGUAGUGGACAAUGACUUCAAAACGAACAUAAAAGGCGACUGGUCUUGUUUUUGUUGUGUUACGUGCAAUAAGAAACUCGCUGAAACACUACAGGGCAUGGUGGAAGAUUACGAUAUUUUCAAUAAUAUUACAUAUCACAAAUACAAUGGCACUAGUGAGGAAGACAAGCUGAUGUUUACAGUGUCACACCCUCAUGGAUGUUGUAAACUGGUUAGCCUUGGUCAGUGGAAGGACAAAUACACUAGUGACAUUAUUUUACAGCAGUUUACUUACUAUACAUGUACAUGUGCAGGAUGCAGUGGUGCUCCUGUCUACUGUGUUGGACACUGUCUGCAUUACCACAGUGGCAGUUUAAAAAGUGGACUCUGUUAUAGUAAUUACGGCUAA